AUGUCUUCAAGCGAUAUACUUGAUGAACUUGCGACGCAAAAAGUCGAGUUCAUCAAUCAUGCUCGAUCAAGCGUCUAUAAUUAUGUCAGACAGCAGCGUAGGCGCGACAUAGGCCAGAUAAUUGAGAAGGAUGCCUAUGGUCCUGCGCAGCAUCGAACACAUCAUCCUGGGUUGGACUCAUAUCUGAUUGUCUUGGGCUACUUCUGUGCCAAAAAGGCUUACAAUGGACACGGUCUAGACUCAGUCCUGACUGAUCCUGUGGUGGAAGUCGUCUGUAAUUGCUAUUCCGAGCUGUUGCAGAAACAUUCCGACGAGUUGAAUGCAUACCUAACGCAGAAGAUUCUGGCCAACGAGAUUGUGUUGCAGGAAACAUUGAAGAUUGUGAUGAGCAACCUGAGCGCCAAAGGUCUCAAGAUCUCACAAGCGAAACUGGUUAGGCUGAUCCACGAUGUCAUGAGCCAGGCCGUCCUGCAUGCAACGCACUCAAAGCUCGGAAGUGUUAUAGGCCAAGGUGUCAUGGCUGCUGCUGGCUCUACGGCGGGUCAGAUUCUCGCAAAAAUGCUAGUUAAAGCGACAGCUCACCACGUCGCAACCAUCACUGCCCAUGUCAUGAGCAACACCAUGGCAGCUGCGGCGGUCAAAGCGGCUGCAAAGAAAGUCUGCGUCGUUACUAUCACGGCAGUUAUUGCGAAAACUCUAGCAACAAAACUCGGGGUCACGAGUGCAGCGAGCACGAUGAGCAUCGCAGGAUGGACAUUUUUAGGUGGUUAUCUGACGUAUAAACUCAUCGGACUCCCAGAGGAGAUGGCGGAAAAGGUUUCGAAUGGCGUAAGCGAUACUCUCAGUGGUAGCUAUCGACCUUGCCUGGAGCAAAUUUUGACCAGUUUGACGGAAUCUGCGUCGGACCCGAAGAAGAUAGCAGGUUUGAUUACCUCAGAGAUGAUGGACCUCAGCGAAUUUCAGAGGGAACUUGAGAAAGGUGUUGAUUUCUCUAACGAGAACCUACCUAAACUUGAAAAGGAUGUAAGGAAAGGGGUUCAGACAGCCCUGGGUUGCCUUUCUAAAAGGCGUUAA